UGUCAUAAGAAGAAGAAGCAGCAAGAAAACAAAGAAGGAUACAGAAAAAAAAUCAACUUCAUUCUUCGAAUUUAUUCAAGCGUCACAAACGACUCAGUGUAGGACUUCGAUUACGAGUAACAACCGCUGUUACAUUAUGAAGAGCAAUAAAUCUUACAAGCUUGUGCUGCACAAGAGAGGUUUCGGUGGAAACGAUGAUGAAGUGGUGGUCAAUCCAAAAAUUUUCCCUCAAAUCUGCCUUGGGGACAUAAUUGAAAUUGCACAUCCUACUGAUGAGUUCAGUCCCCUCUUGCUGCAAGUGAAGAGCUUAAAAGAAGACCUUCAAAAAGAGACAAUCAGUGUGGAUCAGGCUGUGGCACAAGCCUUCAGACUGCGUGCAUACCAAGAUGUCGUUGUUAAUAUUGUUGACCCAAAGGACGUCACUCUGGACCUGAUGGAAGUGACAUUUAAAGACCAAUACAUUGGGAGGGGUGACAUGUGGAGACUAAAAAAGAAUUUGGUAAGGACUUGUGCCUAUGUGUCACAAAAAGUGGAAUAUGCUGGAAUCAGAUCCCAGGCAAGUGAACUGUGGGUGAAGGGAGAGAAAGUGACUUGUGGAUACAUCAGUGAAGACACCAGGGUUGUGUUCAGAUCCACAUCUGCGAUGGUUUACAUAUUCAUCCAAAUGAGCUGCGAAAUGUGGGACUUCGACAUUUACGGUGAUUUAUACUUUGAAAAGGCUGUGAAUGGUUUUCUUUCUGACCUUUUUGGCAAGUGGAAGGAUAAAAACUGCAGUCAUGAAGUGACAGUUGUGCUCUUUUCACGUACAUUCUACAGUGCCAAAUCAAAAGAUGAAUUUCCUGAGCAUCUGAGAGCAUCAGUCCAACAAGAUCAUGAAGGUCAUUUUUAUGAGGACUUCUACAGAGUUGUGGCUCAGAAUGAGAGGCGUGAUGAGUGGACGUCAUUGUUAGUUACUGUCAAGAAUCUCUUUAUUCAGUAUCCUGUUCUGGUGCGACUGAAAGAAGCAGAUGGCUUUCCCCCUGGAUAUAAUUCAACCUCUGCUCAGGGAAACUACUUGGAAGCCCUCAACCUCUCUUUUAAUGUGUUUGACAAGCAUUAUAUCAAUCGAAACUUUGACCGGACUGGCCAGAUGUCAGUGGUCAUCACACCAGGUGUGGGGGUGUUUGAAGUUGACCGUCUGCUCAUGAUUCUGACCAAGCAACGGAUGAUUGACAAUGGUAUUGGUGUUGACUUGGUGUGUUUGGGAGAGCAGCCAUUACAUGCAGUACCGCUCUUUAAGUUGCACAAUAAAUCGACACCUGACUCUUCUGUGGGGAAUGACUAUAAUCUGCCUCAUUGGAUCAACCACAGCUUCUACACUUCCAAAAGUCAGAAUUCUUUUAAUACCUUCAUUCCCCGAAUGAAACUUGCAGGCCACAAGCGUCAUUAUGAAAAACUAAAAAAAGGCACCGAACAAACUUUAUCUAUCCAAAAGGAGUGUGAGAACGGUCUGCCAAUACCGGUGGACUAUGAUGCAUAUGACUCUCAGGUUUUUAGACUGCCUGGUCCUUCGCUGAUUCAGAGAAAAAAAAAUAUAUAUGUCAUUGUAGGUAUUGGUGUUGACUUGGUGUGUUUGGGAGAGCAGCCAUUACAUGCAGUACCGCUCUUUAAGUUGCACAAUAAAUCGACACCUGACUCUUCUGUGGGGAAUGACUAUAAUCUGCCUCAUUGGAUCAACCACAGCUUCUACACUUCCAAAAGUCAGAAUUCUUUUAAUACCUUCAUUCCCCGAAUGAAACUUGCAGGCCACAAGCGUCAUUAUGAAAAACUAAAAAAAGGCACCGAACAAACUUUAUCUAUCCAAAAGGAGUGUGAGAACGGUCUGCCAAUACCGGUGGACUAUGAUGCAUAUGACUCUCAGGUUUUUAGACUGCCUGGUCCUUCGCUGAUUCAGAGAAGUCCCACAUCCAGGAUGGUUCGGGGUAAAGAGAGAAGUGGAAAAAAAAGCUGUGGGUCUGCGGAUGUUUCAACUGGCAUGGGCGCAUCUCCUCCUUUGUGUUUCGCUGGUGCUGAUGAACAGCAUAGCCUGACAUCUGAUGAUAGUCUGGGCCCUGUAGCUAACAUGUUUCUGAUACCCCGGAUGCCAUCUAUGGUUUAUGAAGUCAGUAGCUCUCUAGGAUACACAUGUGCCAAAGAGUUGUCUGAGAAGACGGUGGAAUCUCAACGAGACUCAAGUGCUCCUGCUCGGUUCACAGUGGGAAGUGCUGAGUCCACCUUGUACAUACAGCCAGGAGGCUAUACACCGCAGAGAGCCCUUAUAAACCCUUUCACACCAACCAGAAUUCCCAUGAAGCUCACAUCGAACCGCAGGCGCUGGAUGCACACAUUCCCUCUUGAUCCUCUUGGAGAAGCUAUUCAAAUCCAUCACCAGACCAGGCAAAGCAUUGCUGAAUUGCAAGACAGUUGUCAGAGAGAUCAUGCCCACACCUCAUCUGAGCCGCUGGAAGUUGCAUAUCAGGAGGCCACAGGAAGGCAAACAAGCUACCCACAAGCAGAUGACAAUGUUGUUUACAUUAGUGGAGGGACAGAAGAAUAUGCUCAAAGUCCUGGCAACAAUGGUGGGACCAACAAUGCUUCUGAAUUUGACGACUUCCCUCGAAAUGGGGCCAAUCCAAUUCCCAGCUUCUGCUGUGCAGUGGGAGUUGACUGGAAAUCUCUGACCACACCGGCCUGCUUGCCACUCACCACUGACUACUUCCCUGACCGGCAAAUGCUACAAAGUGACUACACUGAAGGAUGCUAUGACUUACUGCCACACAGUGACCUGGAGAGGCGAGAAGAUGAAUCGCCAGGGAUGACUGCUACUCAAGUCUUUGAAGAAUUUAUCUGUCAGAGGUUGAUGCAGGGCUACCAGAUCAUUGUCCAAUCAAACAAGAGGAGACGACAACCUUCUGUGGCUACACCCCUUGGCAGCAGUCCUUUAUACACCAGAGGUUUGAUAUCAAUGCGUCGAGGAGAGGAAGAAGAGACGGUUUAUUGGCUCAGUAUGGGUAGGACCUUCCAUAAAGUUUGCCUCAAAGACAAGAUACUCACCGUUACUCGAUACUUACCCAAAUACCCAUACGAGUCACGUCAUAUCCAGUACAACUACAGCCUUUGUCCUCCCCAUGUCGAUGCUCAGUUUGUCUCCUGUUGGGUUGAGUUUGGCCAUGAAAGACCAGAGGAAUAUAAAUGGAACUACUUGGACCAGUAUAUUUGCUCUGCAGGCUCUGAGGACUUCAGUUUGAUCGACUCACUCAAGUUCUGGAGGACAAGGUUCCUCUUGCUUCCAGCUGGAGGAGCUCGGCGUGUAGCUGAUGGAGAUGGGCACUGGGAUGUUUAUGGCGAUGGAUCAAAUACUGGAAUGGGUGGUAGUUGUGACUGGGUCCUGCUGGAUGGCUUCAUUCGCUUCCUUGAGGGAGUCAACCGCAUUCGCCGACGUCACCGUUCCGACAGGAUAAUCAGAAAAGGCACUCCCAUGAAGGCCUUAAAUUCUCUCCUUUCAUACCCUUCUGAACCAAUGGUGCCCCUGCAAGGCAAAAAAGGAACAUCAGCUUUAUCUGCGUUACUGGAGAUGGAUCAGAACCAUAGAGGUUCGUGCUCAUCUAUUGAUGGGCACUGGGAUGUUUAUGGCGAUGGAUCAAAUACUGGAAUGGGUGGUAGUUGUGACUGGGUCCUGCUGGAUGGCUUCAUUCGCUUCCUUGAGGGAGUCAACCGCAUUCGCCGACGUCACCGUUCCGACAGGAUAAUCAGAAAAGGCACUCCCAUGAAGGCCUUAAAUUCUCUCCUUUCAUACCCUUCUGAACCAAUGGUGCCCCUGCAAGGCAAAAAAGGAACAUCAGCUUUAUCUGCGUUACUGGAGAUGGAUCAGAACCAUAGGACAUUGGAGGAGCAACAGCAGAAGCCCAAGCCCAUAACACCUGUUUCUGAACUCCCAAGUGCAGAAAGUCCACGCAAGUUCGCUGCUGAAUACAUUGAAGGCAUGGACAAGGUAUUCCAAGUGGGACUGACAGCUGGAACAUCAGUACAGUCUGCAGGUGAAACUGCAACUGGUGUUAAUGUUGACCCAAGAUUAGCGGGAAACAAUGGGUCGUUUGCACUGGAGGACUUUUCUCUGUCCUCUUCGUCAACACUCCUGGAAAUCCUAGAGGCCAUUAAAAAUCCCACGACAGGUGUCCUCCUGCUCCCAGAACAGAGAGGCCUGCCAUUCAACUGCUUCAUAAGCGCUGAGGUCAUCCACUGGUUAGUCACCAAUGUUGAGGGUGUAACCACACAGAGCAUGGCUGUUGAUGUUAUGCAGAAAAUGCUUGAGGAGGGUUUGGUGGCCCAUGCAUCUGGAGAUGCUAUGCGGACCUUUGUUUAUGGCUUCUACAUCUAUCGGAUUGUGGCAGAGAAAGAUGCAGGCCAGGCCUCACAUCUCCCCCCAACAGUGGCUUGCGGCUGGUCCACCGCAGGCUUGGAAGACUUUGCCCUGUUUCAGAGAAAAUGGUUUGAAGUGGCCUUUGUGUUUGAGGAGCAACAACCAUCUGACCUUCCGGCAUUCCUUCUGCCCUGGCUGCCUAGCCGACCAGCCUCUUAUGCAAGCAGGCACAGCUCUUUCAGUCGCAGCUUUGGCGGACGCAGCCAGUCAGCUGCACUGCUAGCUGCAACAGUUCCAGAGCAGAAGACAGUCACUCUGGAUGUGGAUGCUAAUAAUCGCCGGGGUCGAACUGAAUGGUGCACCUGUUAUUACCACGGCAGCUUCUCCCUGAAUUCUGCCUUUGAGAUCAAACUUCAUUGGAUGGCUGUCACUGCAGCAGUCCUCUUUGAGAUGGUUCAAGGUUGGCACAGGAAAGCGGCAUCCUGUGGUUUCUUAUUGGUUCCUGUGUUGGAAGGUCCGUUCGCACAGACGUCACACCUGUAUGGAGAUCCCCUGAGAGCACAACUCUUCAUUGGUCUCAAUAUUCAUUGUCUGAUGAAGAAUGGUAGCGAAAACCUGUUUGAAGGUUUUGAACCAGAGACUUACUGGGACAGGAUGCAACGCUUUCAAGAGGCCAUAUUGUACAGAUUUGGGUUCAUACUCGACAAGUUUUCUGCUUCAGCUUUUAAUUUCCCAUCGGAGAACAGACCCCAGUACAUCCACGUAACAGGCACUGUUCUGUUACAACUGCCGUACUCCAAAAGAAAGUAUACCAGUGGGCAACAGCGUCGACGCAGGAACUCCACUACAUCCACCAACCAGGGGUCGAUCAGUGGUGAAGAUCGGAUUGGCUUCUAUUGGUCCUACAACAUCAUGUUGACAAAAGCCUGGAGGACCGGUGUUCUGGGUGACGAGAGAAUGGCUGACCGCCUGCUGAAAGACUUUACAGACUUCUGUGCCAAUAAAGACAACAGACUGCUGAACUUCUGGAACAUUUGCCUGGAGAAAAUUAAUACCAGCGCCCCCUGAAGGCAGCAACUGUAGCUUCAGGUUUCAGUGCAAUUUUAAAUGCCUGGUUGCUACAUUUGUUUGCAUCACAUCUGUUCCAAACAGUAUUUUUGAGGGGAAUCAAUGACUGAUACCAUGAGGCAAAAACGUUUUGAUUAUGGGCCGCAUUGAAUGCUGAUUGCCCUUGGAGAGCCGGUUACCACUUUGAACCCAUAUGUAAUCAUGUCAUGAUUGCGCAAUAUUGUUUUAAAUAUCCAGCAAACGCCUGAUUCAUCCUGCUAGUAGAUAUAUCCUUUGAUAUUUGCUCAGUUCUUGUUCGCAUGUGCACAUAUACUGUCCAGACCAGGUGGAUUUGCCAUCUACUGUAAAAACGGUCUAAAUAUUAAAUGUAGAAGUUUGCCCUAAUUUUCAAUUAAAUAUGCUUAUAGCAGGUCCCUGCCAAAUGCUGACUGCACAGGGAGACAGCA